UAGUACUACUGUGAUUUAUCGAAAGUUGAAAUCCGGGUUCACCAAUUAGCCCGCCAAGUCGCCAACUCUAAAAUUCCCGGCAGCCCCGCAGGCCGCAGGGAUAAUCGAUGCAUUUACCUCUGUGAAGCGCUUCAAUCCACAUUUGUUCCAUGCCCCGAAGGUUGGUCGGUUUCGAUCCGGCCUUUAUAGCCGGAUUCGACGACAUCUACGAGGAAGAUGAGCGUUUUCUCUAUCACGACGAAGAAGACGAUGAUGAUGAAGAAGAAGAAGAGGAAGAGGAGGAAGAUUCUGAAGAAGAAACAGAUGGAGGAGAGGAGGAAGAGCAGGAUACUUCGAGGUUGAUGCCGCGUAGGGUUUUACAAGGCGAUGGAGGGGCUACGACGUCGUCACAAGAAGCGGUGGUUAAUGUUCAAGGUUCCGAGAGUAUAAUGGAGACGAUGGCUGAGGAUGGAGGAGCUCAAGGUGCGAAACCGGUCGAGAAAUUGGCAGUGAUUAACAGUGAGGUGGUGGACGGCAGUGGCGGUGGGGGAGAGGAGUGGAGUAGGAGUGACAUUGAUGGCUUGUUUUGUCCAAUUUGUAUGGAGGCUUGGUCUAACGGUGGUAACCAUCAAAUCUGUUGUCUUCCUUGUGGGCACAUAUAUGGUAUAUCUUGUAUCAAGAAAUGGUUACAACAGAGAAAAAGUUCCGGAAAGUGUCCUCAAUGCAAUAAAAAAUGUACAAUGAAGGAUGUCCGACUGCUUUAUGCAUCUCAACUUCAUGUUGUAGAUGAAGAGCUACAAAAGAAAAUUCAAUCACUUGAAGCUCAAUGUGCUUCACUGGAGAAGAAGUGUUCAGAUUUGUGCAAGAAAGAAGUUGAGUGGGAAAGGAAGGAAGCAAAUUUACAAUUGCAAGUGCGCGAGUUAAAGGAGAGGAGAACUAAUUCCGAUUAUUUGCCUAGAGACAAGCAAAGCAGGCCAUCAGAAUUGUACACUUCUGGGCAUAGUUGCAACUAUGCUUGGCGCGGAUAUUUCAAUGGGUUUUCCUUGAAGGAAGAGAUGAGGAUCGAAGGUGCUCGCUUCUUUGACGUCGAUGUUUCUGGUCAAAUUCUCAUAAUUGCCAGAAGGCUUCCUGGAAUGGGGGGAAUUCAUGUGCUUACAAAAAUGAGUUUGUUAUCUCAUCAUGAAAAGGAAGAUAUUCAGCUUCCUUUGAACAUAAAAGCUAUCAAAGACCUUCACAUAUCACCAUACGACAGACUUGUGCUUGUGGCUUCUUUGGGGAAGAAGUUGUCGGUUCUUAGUACAGAAAGCAACAAUACAGUUCUGACGUAUGAUUUACCGGCUGCGGCUUGGUCUUGUUCAUGGGAUGUUAACAAUUCCUAUUAUGUUUAUGCUGGUUUACAGAAUGGUAUGGUAAUGGAGUUUGAUAGGCGUCAAACUGUGAAACCGGUGGAAUCCAUGAAUGGAUUAGCAGCCAAGCCUAUUCAUACUGUGCACUCCGUUUUAAGUAAUCCAGUAACGGGUUCUGGUUUGAGAAGAAGCAUUCUAACUGCGUCUUCAGUAGGCUUGUGUCAUUGGAACUUUGGUUGUAGUGAGGAAAGGCCGCACCUUAUUCCUGAAUCAGAGGAUCAAGGAGUUUGUAUUUCUCUAGCUUAUGCAUCAAGAACCAAUGACAUUGUUGCCUCAUUCCGCCCUAAAGUGGAAAUGCCAGGCGACUUCGCUGCUACUCAAACAAUGCUUUCUCCCUCUGCUUCUCCCAUGGAACAGGCAGUACAAGGCUCUCAUGUUGUCUACAGGGUAGCAGGUAGUGGUUAUCACAAGGUGGGAUCUUCUUGCGCAAAUGUGAGUGGUAUCCGGUUCCCCAAGUCUACGAUCAUAGAAAGAGAUGGUACAAAGCCUAUAUUUGCUUACGGGGAUGAAGCAUCCAGUGAGCUGGUGUUGCAAGAGUUGCCAUCUCUGAAGGAUGUUAUGCGGCUCCAAGCUCCUAGAAAUCCCAUCCGUGAUGUGAAGUAUACACAUGCAUUAAAUUCCGGACUGCUGAGUUGUUUGCGCCAGGAUACAAUGCAGCUUUUUACCGUUAAUGGUUCAUGAAGAAAGGCUGUCAACAUUCUAAAAUACAAAUGAAGCUGGUUGUACAUUCAUCAUCUUCACUGAAUAGAUUAGGAUUUUGGGUACUCAUCUCUUCUGCGCAAGCUAUGAGGUGGUUGCUCUCUCACUCUCUCUCUCUCUGUUUUUUUUUUUUUUU